AGAAAGCCUGGGAAAUUCUUGAAACCACACAUGAAGGGGACGAGAGAGUCAAGACAACAAAAAUCUAGAUUCUUAUGACUAAAUAUGAAAGCCUGCGCAUGGAUGAUAAGGAAAGGAUAGCUGAUUUUCAUGGAAAAGUAAGGGAGCUGGCAAAUGAAGCUGAAAAUCUGAAGCGUCCAUUCACUCAAGACAGUUUAGUUUUGAAGGUUCUGAGAGCUCUACCAGAAUCCUAUGCUAUGGAUGUCAAAGCAAUUCGUCAGGCACAUGACAUCAAGCAUAUGACUCUGGAUCAACUCAUGGGGAAUUUAGAGACUAUUGAGUUGGAGAUGAAUGAAGAGCUCAAACGGAAAAAGAAUGAGAAGCCGAUUGCUUUUCACAGUCUGGCUGAUGUGGAUGACAAUGAAGAUGAUAUAGCACAAGACGAGGACUUUCAGGAGCAACUGUCACUCUUCACUAGACAGUUCAAAAAGCAAUGGAUACAGAAGAGAGGGAAGAACAACUUCCAAGGUGAAUCAUCCAAAGGAAUACAAUUUAGAAAUACACGACCAAGGGAGAAGAGGCAAGCCUUCAUGUCAACUUCGAGUGAUGAUGAGGAAGAAACAGAGGAUGUCAUGGGGAAUAGCCAUUGUGCCUUUGUCACCCAGUACAAAGAAGAAAACACUGAGGAUGCUGCUGAACAACUCACAGUACUACAAGAAAAGUGGACAGAACUUCUUCUUGUCCAUAGGAAGAACAUCUUAGAAAAGAAUCAACUGGCUGUGGAAGUAGAAGAUCUCCGAAAGAAACUAGAUAAAGUCAAACAGCAACUGAUUCAAACUGAAGGAGAAAAGUCUGAUCUGAAAUAUGAACUCACUCAACUUAAAAGCUAUCAAAGGUGGAUGAAGAGUGCAGGGGCUGAAAAGAUCGAGGAGAUGGGACUGCAAGUGAAUCUUUUGAGCAUUAGUCAGAUCUGUGAUCAAGGACUUGAAGUGGUAUUCACACAACAGAAAUGUCGCAUCAAGGAUAGAAACAAGUUGGUGGUAUUAGAGGGAGACAGAACUGCUGACAAUUGCUAUAAAGUAAUUCCAAACAUCCUAUGUUAUGCUGCAAGUGAAAGAGACGACAGAUUAUGGCACUACAAACUGGGGCAUAUGAACUAUAAAGACCUGAAAGUGCUAUCAAACUCAGGGGCAGUUCGAGGGCUGCCAAAAAUCACACAGGCUGAUGAUCAAGGAAGAGAUGAGGAUAUCUGGAUGCAAAGCUCUGUUAAACAAGAAGUGUCAGCUGUGAUACAAUAUCUGGAUGCCAAGCUUGAAGCAAACAUGGAAGAGAUGAGGAUGACACUGGCCAAACAGUCAGCACUUGAGGAGGAGCACAAGCAUCUCACCUGGCUUAGAGAAGUUGUGACUGACAAUACUGCAACAGAGGGAGAACCUGCUCAAGGGGAGAGCUCUCAGGAGAAGGAGGAGGAGGUUCCCGCUAUGACUGCUAUCAAACUUUUCUUUGAGUUAUUGAACCUGGUUUGCCGAGUCUUCAUGUCUCCCUGUCUUGCCAAGUCUAGAGCAGGAAGAUCUGCUGUCCAGCAGGUGAUCUAUGAAGUGUUGGAAAAGGGUCGUAACACAUCCAGAUGCAUGAAGUUGGUGUAACCAACCGAAGUGAAUGAUACAAACAGAGUUUGUUAUCAAAGUCAUCCAUAAGUUAUUUAAGUCAAUACAAUAGAUUGAGUCUCUUGUU